AUGAACUGUAAAAAUGAUUACAAAAUUAAGAGUUCUGAUUACCAUACGCCUGCAGAAUGGCGGCAUAGGGGUGAACUGGAAAUUAUGGCAUCCGAAGAACAACAGGAGUUGGCCCAAAGGUUGACACUUGAAGCUGACCGGUUAGUCGAUCAAGCUAAAGACGCUGUGGGAAAAAAUAAGCUAGAGAUCGACCAUCAGUCAAAAGUGAAAGUAAAAGAUAUAGAGUACAAGUGCAAAGAACUAGAAAAACAAAAAGACGGGGUAAAUGAAGAGAUUCGGUUGCUUUUAGGUUAUCAGACCCGAAUCGAAAAUGCCAAGAAACAACUAGUCGGUGACGCGCUCGAAGCCAUUGCCGAGUGCCUUAGGCUUAGAAAUUGUCGACAGGGUAUAGACUUAGUGUUCGAUGACGUCGAGAAAGAACUGUUAAAAGAACGGGAACUAAUCAAAGUUGUAAACAGUCAACUCGAAGAUUUGGUAGAAAAAGUCAAGGUGCAGAUAAGGAAAUUGAGGGAGUUUGUUUACAAUUUGGCUGAAGAUUUACUCUGUAAAGAAAAUACGUUGAAAAUCGAAGAGUGCAACGAAAAGCUCAACGAAAACAGCAUUGAGUUGUCAGUUUUGAAAGACAAAAAUAUAAUAAAACCGGCGUGA